UGCCUAACUGAACUAACUUCCUUUAAUACCAAAAAUUCAAAAAAGAGAGUGGUUACGUGGACCAACUUUGGUCCAUAUGCUAGGCAGCUCGGAUUCUGACUCUCCCCAACAACCGCACAUUUUCAGCCUGAAUCAUCUCUUUCAUCACAAACAAUUGAGCGCGGCUUCCAACUUUUGGGUCAUGGGGUUUCUAAGAUUUAUGAGAAGACAUAAUUACCCUUUCAAAAAUAAAACUGGGAAUCAAGCACACCUACUCCGGUGCAUGCAAAGUAGAGGUUUCUCAAAGAAUGAAGUUGUUGAUGGCAAUAAUGCCGUGCUUCCUGUUCUAAUCAUUGGAGCAGGACCCGUAGGUCUUGUUCUCUCUAUUCUUCUCACCAGAUUAGGAAUUAAAUGUGCUGUUUUAGAGAGAAACAAGACAUUUUCUAAACAUCCACAAGCACACUUCAUCAACAAUCGAUCCAUGGAGAUAUUUCGCAAAAUUGAUGGCCUUGCUGAGGAGAUCCAAAGGUCUCAACCACCAAUAGCUUUAUGGAGGAAAUUUAUCUAUUGCACUUCCCUCUCUGGUUCAGUUCUUGGAUCUGUAGAUCACAUACAACCUCAAGAUCUUGAGCGUGUUGUCAGCCCGGUCUCUGUUGCACACUUCUCGCAGUACAAGCUAACUAUGCUACUCCGAAAGCAGCUUGAAAAUCUAGGCUUUAAAAUAUGUGCAGCUGAAAGCUCAGAAGGACAUGAACAUUUUUGUGAAAAGAAAAUCAUGAUGGGUCAUGAGUGUGUAUCUAUUGAUGCCAGUAAUAGUGACUUUCUCACCAUCACUGCAUCUACAAUUGAUAAAGGGAGGCGUGUAGAGUGGAAUAUCAAUUGUAACAUCCUCAUUGGUGCAGAUGGAGCAGGAAGUACUGUGAGAAAGCUUGUAGGAAUAGAAAUGAGAGGUGAGAAAGACUUGCAAAAGCUUGUUAGUGUCCAUUUCUUUAGCAAAGGCCUUGGGCAGUUUCUGCUUCAGGAAAAUCCCGGUAUGCUAUUUUUCAUAUUUAAUACUGAAGCUAUUGGCGUCCUUGUUGCUCAUGACCUGAGGCAAGGGGAAUUUGUAUUGCAGAUACCUUUUUAUCCACCUCAGCAAACCAUUCAGGAUUUCAGCCCAAAGGCUUGUGAGAAGUUAAUCAUUAAACUUAUUGGUCGCAAGUUCAGAGACAUAGAUGUAAUUGACAUAAAACCAUGGAUUAUGCAUGCUGAAGUUGCUGAAAGGCUUACAUGUUGUGGCAACCGAAUCCUGCUUGCCGGUGAUGCCGCUCAUCGGUUUCCUCCUGCCGGUGGUUUUGGAAUGAAUACUGGCAUACAGGAUGCUCAUAAUCUUUCCUGGAAAAUUGCUUCUGUGAUGAAGGGUAUUGCUCCAUUUUCGAUGUUAAAUACUUACGACAUUGAACGUAGACCAAUUGCUGUAUGUAAUACAGAAUUAAGUCUAAAGAACUUUAGAGCUGCCAUGUCUGUCCCUGCUGCACUUGGUCUUGACCCAACUGUUGCAAACACUGUACAUCAAUUUAUCAUUAAUGGGGUUGGUUCCAUUUUACCAUCUGGAUUGCAGAAGGUAGCUUUGGAUGGAAUUUUUGCAUUAGGCCGUGCCCAGCUCUCGAAAUCUCUCCUGAAUGAAAGUAACCCUCUUGGAUCGUCAAGGUUGGCGAAGCUAAGACAUAUAUUUGAAGAAGGAANAAUAAUUCUUUUUCCCCCACAUUUUUAUGUCCCUUCAGCGUCUCCUGGAUCAAGACUUCCCCAUAUGUUUGUGAGACUAAACAGACUGACUGAGGAGAUUGUAUCUACACUUGAUCUUGUCUCUGGGGAUAAAGUUGAGUUCGUUCUCAUCAUAGCACCUUUGGAGAAAUCUUAUCAUCUUGCUCGUGAAGCAUUCAAGGUUGCAGAGAAAUUCCAAGUGUCUCUCAAAGUGUGUGUUUUAUGGCCUACUGAUUCUGUUGCAGAACUUGAGAAUGGAAGCAAGGCUGCAUUAUCACCAUGGAAGAAUUAUGCUGAUGUAUAUGAAAUCAAGAGAUCAAAAAGAUCAAAUUGGUGGGAUAUGUGUAAAAUGACAAACAGGGGAGCUAUUUUAGUUAGACCUGACGAACAUAUUGCCUGGCGCACAACUUCUGAACUUGCUGGAGAUCCAAGAUUGGAGAUGCAGAGGGUUUUUUCAGCUAUAUUGGGAGUAAACUAAUAAAUUACUGUCUUGAUUAUUUCAGGAAUAUCUUUUCUCAUUUUCAUAAUAAUGAGGGUAAUUGAGAAAGAUAACUUUCUCUUAAUAGUAUUCGUGUAUUAAGAUAAUAAUGGAACAAAAUACAAUGAAGCAUCCAUAGUGCAUGUUAAUUAGCAUAAUCCAUAGUGCUAAACGUAAAGCAAAAUAAUGGCAGCAAAUGCUCUAGACUUGUAUAACAAAAUACGAAAUAAAAGUUUUGUUCAUAUAGUUGCUGACUGA